ACACUUGCUUUGCGGAUUCCUUCGACAGUAAACACUGAGUUUCGAAUUUUGAAAAUAUGUACAAGUUGCUGGUGACAUUGAUGUUGUUGGUUCUGCUUCAGUCCUUGUGGAUUGAUGAGAGCCUUGGACAACCUGAAGUUCACCUUAAACGGUCGAAACGAUUUUGGAGCCGCAUAAGGAAUACAGUGCAAAGGAUUGUCAGUUGUCGCUCAGGCUACGAGAGAAGAGGCUUACUUUGCAGAGAUAUAGAUGAAUGUUCGGGGAGUAACAACUGCCACAGUAACGCUCGCUGCACCAAUACCGAUGGAAGCUACACUUGCAGGUGUAAUACUGGCUACAGUGGCAGCGGCACUUCUUGCUCAGAUAUCGAUGAAUGUAGAGGGAGUAACAACUGCCACAGUAACGCUCGCUGCACCAAUACUGCGGGAGGCUACACUUGCGCGUGUAAUACUGGCUACAGCGGCAGCGGCACUUCUUGCUCAGAUAUCAAUGAAUGUACAAAUGGAGAUCACAGCUGCUCCUCCAACGCUAACUGCAUCAAUACCAUAGGAAGUUACAGAUGUUCGUGCAACUCCGGGUAUGCUGGGAACGGACUCACGUGCACAGAUCAAAAUGAAUGCACGCAUGGCACUCACAAUUGUGACGUUAAUGCUAACUGUGAAAACACACAGGGAAGCUUCACCUGCACUUGCAGAGAGGGGUUCCAUGGCAAUGGUGUCCAAUGUACAGACAUAAAUGAAUGUGAACGUGGGGCACAUACCUGUGACGCCAACGCCAUCUGUACCAACACCCCAGGCAGUUACACGUGCUCAUGUCACAACGGUUAUGAUGGGGAUGGCCACGAGUGUGAAGACGAAGACGAAUGUUCCGCCGGCACACACGAUUGUGACGUCAAUGCAGAUUGCGCAAAUACAGAUGGAAAUUACACGUGCGAGUGUAUGGACGGUUACCAAGGCAACGGUCAUAUCUGCGAAGGUAAGGGUACCAAUUUUGCCCAAGGCAGAGCUGUUAUCAUACUUCUUUGA